GGAUUUCAUUAAUGUGCUGACAUUUGACUUUCACGGCCCCUGGGAAAGUGUCACAGGACAUCACAGCCCCUUAUAUCAGGGAUCUCAGGACACUGGAAACAACAUCUACGCUAACACUGACUAUGCCAUGCGGUACUGGCGGGACCAGGGAGCACCACCAGAAAAGAUAAACAUGGGGUUAGCAGCAUACGGGCGAGUUUUUAACCUCUCCUCUGCAUCCAGUGUUGUUGGAGCACCAGCCAAUGGUGCCGGUAUAGGAGGUCUCUUCACUGGUGAAGAAGGAUUCUGGGCCUCUUAUGAGAUUUGUCUUUAUGUUGAAUAUGAUGAUAUUCAGCCGAUCUCUGAUCAGAGCGUUCCAUAUGCCACCACAGGAAAUCAAUGGGCUGGAUUUGAUGACAAAGACAGCCUUGAUACAAAGACCAGUUACCUAAAGGCUAACAACUUUGGAGGAGCUUUCGUCUGGUCUCUGGACCUGGAUGACACUAGUGGACAGUUCUGUAAACAGGGCAACAACCCUUUCAUCAGCCACCUGCACACUCUCCUGUGUCCAGGUUUUCCUGACCUUACAGCUACAACAAACACUGCCACAACUGAAGCUCCAACAACAGCAGCUCCAACAACAGCAGCUCCAACAACUGCCGCUCCCACAACAGCUGCUCCAACAACAGCAGCUCCCACAACAGCAGCGAUCCAGUUCUGA